CACCGUGGCUGGUGUUGUCUCAGUGUCUCCCGCUACGUCCUGCAGGAAUCUCUCAAAUCGACAGCAUAUACUGUUUCAUCAGCUCCCUGUCGCCAUUUUCAAAAUUGCCGUCGGCCUUCAGCACAUACCCCGCAUUUGCAAAACGGAAUCCUUCCUCGAAAUCCUCAAGUCGCGUAUGGCGGAUAAACUACCAGCAAGCAGCCCUCGCACGCGCUAACCAUUCAGUCAACCAAAUCCAGGGCUCAAUCAUGCCCCAAGCCGUCGCAGACCUACAACCUGUAGGCGAUAACAUGUCCCUACGCGACAUACAACGAUCGAUGAAGAAGGACCCAGACGGACAAGGUAUAAGUGCAUUGGGCUACGAUGGUGUGCUCCGUACUUUUGACACCGAGCGGAAUAUCCUUGAUGCAGUUGGCCUCAACCCAGCCCAGAUCAGAGAAUAUUACGAUGGUCUACCGAUGCCCGAGAGAUUCCUCACCGCCGACGGCCGUAACAUAUCCCGUUGGGAUAUGUACCACCCCGAUGCAGAAAAUAUUCCCAGGAAGUUUACAGAGGAGGAUAAAGCCAAAAUGCUGGCACAUAACGAGGAGGUGGACAGGCGCGGAGUUACAAGCUGUGCUCCGCGUGCUUCACAAGACGGCUGUAAACCGAGUUCAAGAUAGUUCC